AUGUUGAUGCGACCUCUGUUGUAUCUUGUGGCUCUCCUUCUCAGUCUUCACUGCGUGUUUGUGGUGGGGACUGGUGAAACUGCAAAGGCUGCAGAUGCUCUUCCUCCUGGUCAAGAACCACGACAAGCACAAGAUACUGAUGAUAGUGGUCCUUGUCCUCAAGGUACUACUGGCACUACGUGUAAUCAUGCCCGUGUUGAAACUCAAGGUUCUCGUAAUUGUGAGAACCCUUCUGAUGAGAAAGGUUGCCCUCCCAAGGAUCCUACGACCGAAAAGAAUUGCGUUGAAGAAUCUGGUGAUAGUUGUGCAACUAACACACAGGACCAGACUCUAACUAGAGGACAGCCUGCUUCUCCGGCUGCUGGUUCUGGUUCUGGGGGCGGUAAUGCUGGUGGUGGUUCUUCCGGUAACAGAGGUGAAGCUGGUGCUGGUGGUGCUUCUCUUGUUUCUGGUUCUUCUGAACCUGAUCCUACUGUUGCUGCUCCUGCACCUCCUGCUGUUGAUGAGAUUGGUAGGUCGCCUGGACGUGAAAGUGAAAAUGAAAACCGAGAAAGCACCACACCAAGUGGAAUUACGGCAACACAACCAUCAACUCCAAACAGUUCA